AUAAGCGCGUCGACUCCUCUCCCUGACAUAAUUCACAUAAUCCUGUAUUUUGCCCUCCUGUGACUUUUAACUGCUAUCGCAUAACUUAAGUGCGCUGUCCUCGACAGGGGGAGGGCCAGCGAACGCUCAAACCCACGGCCGAUAGACGAAGCGUUAAGAAAAUCCAUCGUUACGGCAAUGACAGCGUCAAAAGCAACCAGCAGAUGGCGGUACAAUCGAAGACUAGUUCCUGGUUCUGUGCGUCCUCCAGGCGGCCCAGCAUGCACUUCGGCGGAGAUUUUUCUUUAAAAAAAUAUUUAUUUUUAACAUGAUUAGCUGGCGUAGGCGGCCAGAAAGCGGCUGUCCGUCUUAAACCGACCAGAAAAUGAGAUGUACCUCUGCAAAGAAAUAAGUGAGCUCAAUUUGCGGUAGACAUCUGCGCGCGGGAAAUGAAGGUAAAGAUCAAGCAGUGGAACGGCGUGGCCUCCUGGUUGUGGGUGGCCAACGACGAGAACUGCGGGAUCUGCAGAAUGCCUUUCAAUGGCUGUUGCCCUGACUGUAAGGUUCCAGGGGAUGAUUGUCCACUGGUCUGGGGUCAGUGUUCCCACUGUUUUCAUAUGCAUUGUAUCCUGAAAUGGCUGAACUCUCAGCAGGUCCAACAACAGUGCCCAAUGUGCCGACAAGAAUGGAAGUUUAAGGAAUGAUGGCAGCCCUGCUUGAUAUCUAAACAAUGGCCACAAAUAAUGAAGCCUAUUCUUGGAUUUUUUUUUUUAAUCUGUUGUAAAUAACAAUUUUCGUAUGUUUUUGUACCACUAUAUGUGAUGUAACAUUUGUGGAGCAGUGUGGAGACAUUUGUAUUAUGUGGACAGAUGCAAAUAAAUCCUAAAUACCUGUUUGUACUAAAUUA